AUGGCCAACGCUCGCGAGAUCCGGCGCUUGCAACGUGCUGAUGGACCCGCCGCCGUGCUGGCCAUCGGCACGGCGAACCCGCAGCACCGCUUGUCCCAGGACGAGUACCCCGAGUACUACUUCCGUGUCACCAACAGCGAGCACCUCGCGGAGCAGCAGAAACCCAUACUCAACAUGAUAUGUAAGCUUACCAGGCUAACGGGCAACGAGUGGCGUUUCGUUCACAACACGGACAAGAUGAUGAGCGCCCAUCCCGAGUUCAUCGACCGCGCAACGCCAUCCCUCGAGCAACGCCUCGCCAUCGUUGCCGUCGUUGCUCCGGAGCUCCUUGCGGCAGCCGCGACCAAGGCCAUCGCCAGCUGGGGGCGCCCGGCCACCGACAUCACCCACCUCGUCGUCGUUACCAACUCUGGAGCCGGAAGCCCGAGCGCGGACGUCCCCUUGGCCACCCUUCUGGGCCUCCGCCACAACGUCUGCCGCACGGUUCUCCAGCUCAACGGCUGCUUCGCCGGUUGCGCUGCCUUGCGCCUGGCAAAGGACCUUGCCGAGAACAACCGCGGCGCGCGCGUCCUCGUCGCCUGCGUCGAGCUCAUGAGCGUCGCCGGCUUCCGUGGCCCCACCGAAGGGGAGGACUGGGUGAACAACCUCAUCAGGAACACGGUGUUCGGUGACGGGGCGGGCGCGGUGAUCGUCGGUGCCGAUGCCGUGGAGCCUGUCGAGCGCCCGCUCUUCGAGAUGGUGUCUGCGUCGCAGACCGUGGUACCGGACACCUUGCAAGUGGUGACGGCGGAGCUCAAGACAUGCGGCCUUGAUGGGAAUGUUUCCACCAAACUGCCAAACCUGGUGGCCGACAACAUUAAACAGUGUCUACUUGAUGUCUUCAGUCCGCUUGGCAUCGAGGUCAAAUGGAAUGACCUCUUCUGGGCGGUGCACCCGGGUGCCAUGGCGAUCUUGGACAAGAUUGAGAGGGUUCUCCUGCUGGAGCCCGGGAAGCUGAUGGCCAGCCGGACCGUUGCGCGAGAAUAUGGGAACAUGCUUAGCGCCACCAUCAUCUUCGUGCUCGACGAGCAACGCCGCCGAAUGGAGGAGGAAGGAGAGUGGGCUGAGUGGGGGGCCAUGGUGGGGUUUGGACCGGGUUUUACCAUGGAGACCAUGGUGCUUCAGGCUACCAGCAACCUCAAGAAAAUUAAUUAG